AUGCUGUUUGGCCAGCUUGUCUGCUACGGGUGCCAGCGCAUCCUCACCUACCCCCUCGGCGCCGUCACCUGUCGCUGCCGCUUGUGCAAUACGAUCAACUCGGCGCAAAACCUGCAGCUCACCUGCGGCACGUGUGGACAGGAGCUCCAUGCGCCAAUAAACACGCUAGCGCUGCUGUGUCCGUGCUGCGGCACCGUAACCGACAUCCCGGAGGAGUUACUGCCACCGCUGCCGACCUGCGUUAACCUUGGCGGUGGCGCUGAAGAAGCGAAAACGAUCAUCUACGUCUCACACCCGACCCUUCCGCCUCCGCCGCGUGCCGACGCCCAGGCCGACGUGAAUACCGCUUGCCCCGCUGGUUCGCGGAGGGCGUCGACACAUCCCAAAGCUGAUGGGCGAACGCGCUCGCCUUCUUACCUGCGGCGCCGCCUUUCGUUCAAGGAGCAUGAGGCCGCGCCAGCACAGAGGAACAAGGAGGAGGUCGUUGUCGAUGACAACGCUGAUGGCGCGCGCGAGGUCAGAAGAGCGCACAACGCAGAUCGAGAGCGCAGAGGGACUGCUGAUUCCUUGGCCCCGGACCAAGAAGCUGAUGCAUCGCCGGUGGUCAGCGGGACGGCGCGGCUGGCGGCUUUGAGUCGCCUGGCGCCAACGGUUAUGAUCGCGACGCGCAUUCUGUAA